AGGUAUUGAUCGAUAGAGCUCAGUUAAAUCUUUGCCACGGAGUUAGUAGAAAGUUACUUUUUCAGACCGUCGGUUGAGUAAGAGGAUGAGCUCGUUGAUUUUGGUUACCCCUGCACUCCUUUUGGUUUGCUUGUGUUCAUCAGUCUCGGCUGGAAGCAAAGGAUUUCUGUUCGAAAACGGUGACUACACCUACAAGAUUGUGCUACCCAGCGAUGACAGCCGAACGUGGUACGAAGCCGAAGAAAUAUGUCGAGAGUACGAAGGCGGGCAUUUGGCGAGCAUUUCCAAUGAGGCAGAAAACCAAUAUUUAAAUGAAAAGAUUCAACUACUGAGCAGUUCCCCCCGGGAGCCGGAACAACUUUGGCUUGGUGGAAUAGAUGAAGAUGGACGUGCUUACAAAUGGGUAGAUGGAAAAACUUUCCAAUAUGACGCAGCGUUCUGGGCACCCGGCGAAGCCAACACGGAACCCUAUAAUGAAUAUGAAAUCUGCAUUGCAAUGAAGUCCACUGGUGAUUUAGGAGAUUGGAGGGAAGAUGACUGCUAUAAGCCUAAAGGUUACAUCUGCAAAAUUGAAGGUAUCCCUAAGAGACUCUUGGAGCAUAAAAGAUUUGGUUAUGAAUUCGAUCAAGGGACUUUCAUAUACAAGUUCUUUUUCAUUCAGUACGAGAUGCUUACGUGGCCAGAAGCCGAAAUAUACUGUCGUGAGGUAGAAGGGGGCCACUUGGCCAGUAUUCGUACUUUAAAAGAGAACAAAUACAUCGAGAGGAAACUGCGCAUGCUUAGGUACUACUAUGGUUACUCCAAGUGGUGGAUCGGAGCCUCGGACCUAGAAAAUGAAGGACAGUUCAAUUGGACUGAUGGCAAGCCCUUCGCGAUUCAACGCUGGGUUCCAAGGGAACCCUCAGGGCGCCAUAGGGGCAGGGAAGAAGAUUGUGCUGUAAUUACUGCUGAUCCAUAUUGGGGAAGAUGGAGGGAUGAAUACUGUUUACAUCAUCUGCCUUUUAUUUGCAAGAUCAGAGUUUGCAGUCAGCGAGCUGACAUUGCUUUUAUAGUGGAUGCAUCUAAGAGUGUGAAGUUAAGUGGCUUCAGAAGUUCCAAAGAAUUCAUCAAAGCAGUGCUUCAGCGAUUCAAAGUGUCCCAGACUAACGUUCACGUGGGUUUGAUUCGCUUCUCCACCCGAGCCAAGAUAAUUUUCAACUUCGAAGAGCACUAUUCAAUGAAUGACCUUAAUGCAGCUAUCGACGCCAUGGAAUGGUCCAAAGGAUCAACCUACACUAACCGGGCCCUGAAAUUGGCGAGAGAACAACUUUUUCUUGAAAAAGAAAAUGGGGGUACCGCCCGUGCAGAUAUUCCAAAGUUCCUUGUAGUGAUGACAGAUGGUAUUUCAAGAAAUCCGACAAUGACAGCUAAGGAAGCCACCGAGUUAAAGAAAAAGGGUGUUCAUAUUGUUGUGGUAGGAGUCGGUUUCAUGCGGAAAAGAAGCGAGCUCCUGAGCAUUGCGAGUUCUCGCUGGGAUGUCAUAACCGCCCGGUCAUUCAAGACUUUGAAAAGGAUCGUGGCUAUUACAAAGGAGAAAGUUUGUGGAGCGCUAUAAAAGGUUUACAUUCAAAUUGAGAAUGAUGAUGAGACAUGCAUAGAUCACGCCCGAGCAACGAGUGCACGUCGCAGCAUAAAUAAAAACUACUUACAGUCCCCGGAUUUUAAAAUUAAAACUUUAUCGCCCCGACCCAAGAUUGUCCGACUAUUUUCAACUGUUGACUCAUACGACGGUUACGUGGCAUACAGUGAGUAACGACUUAGCUGGAAAGAAGAAACUCAUGUAUUUUAAGAACGUGGGCUCUAGAGGAAAUAACUUGAGGGAGAAUAAAAUCGUAGAUAGCACUAAUAGGAAAACAAUGUAAAAUGUGUCGGUUUUUAUGGCGUGGUGACAACCUGGUAUACUGAACAUCAAGCCUCUUCUGACUGUUCAGAUGGGCCGCUUUAUCAGUGUAGUCUAAGCAAUGAUAUUCUUUACGUAUCAGUCAUUAAGUGAAAUUUGUUUUAUGAAAAAACGCGAUGAUAUUUAAACGUGGUUCGCAUAACGUAGCUCUAUAAUGGAGACGUCCCUGUCCAUCUUAUUCAACCUAGCUCAAUAAAAAAAGCGUGGUAAAUGAGCGGUUCCAUAUAAAAAUGCAAGUUUGGACCUUGGGUCGAAUAGUGUAAAAUAAUUACAUAGAUAAAUUGUGAAUAUGUAUAAGAAGAAAAUUGGAGAAACAUUUGAUUGGAAAGUUCAACUUAAGAAUUUUAUUAAAAUACAUACAAUAUUUUGAAAAAUGUUUCUGAAUAUGUUUAAGACGAGAUCUGGGGAAUCAUUUCAUUGGAAAGUUCAACGCUAGAACGUUAUUGAAAUACAUAGAACAUUUUGACAAAUGUUUCGUCAAAAUAUUUUAUGAACAAUUUUAUAACUUUUUUCGAAGCUUUCUAUGUAUUUUAAAAAGUUUUAGCGUUGAACUUGAAGUUUGCAAUCAAUUGUGAAUAUGAGGAAGAGAAAAUUAUGGAGAAAAUAGAUCUCCAUUGGAAUUCUGGUUUUAGAAACAGGAGUAGUGGAGAAACUAACAAAAAUAAAGAAAACAAACCGUACACACAAA